ACAUGGGGAUCUCUGUGGAGUUGUGGAGAGCUCGCAUUGGGCUGUUCAGUGGUGGGAGGGGAUCGCGACCACACAGUAAAGCUCCCUCGACAAAACACCAGCCUCUACACUUCAGUGAUACAGUGGGUACUACUGUGAAAGUGGUUCAAGGAGGAUUGCUUUUAUUGUAUAUUCUCACAUUUCUGAGCUCUCAAGAUAAAACUGAAUUCCUAAAACGUGAACGUUGGUCUUCUUGUGGUAUCAAUUGCUGUGUUGCUCCACUCUCUUUCCCACCUCUUGCUGUUAGCUGGAGACAUUGAGAGCAAUCCUGGGCCUCGAAUGGAUAACACACUAACAAUGGAUGAUUUAAACGAAGCUCACACUAAACUGUACGACUCUCGGAACAAAUGGUUUGAGAUUGGGCAAGCUCUACAUGUUGAUGAUGUCACAUUAGAUAGCAUCAGAAAGCGGUAUGCUAAUGAUGGCAGCACCUGUCUUCGUGAAAUGCUUGAUCACCGUUUGAAAUCAGUGUUUCCUCUAACCUGGAAGGAGUUACUUAAUACUCAGUAUGCAUAUCUGUCAUUAGGAUCAUCUGCUCAACCAGUGAGUACAGUUCUUCAAGUGCUAUUGGACAAAUAUCAACUCAGUCCUUCUCAAGUCGACUGUCAAAUUCAACAAACGCACAUACCACAUUUGGCUGCCUUUUUUGAUAAUGUUGGUUUCUAUGUCGAUGUGAUGGAAUUAACCCCUGGUGAACAAACCGAUGCCAAAAGUGCAGAAGCUAAUCAAUUAGCCGUGAUCAAGUGCUUGAAACUCUGGAAAGGAAAGAAUCCUGCACGAGCGACAUUCAGGACCCUUCUGGAGAUGUUGGUAAAGUUAAGGAAGGAAGAGAUUGUUGAUCAAAUCUGCCAAUACUUAAAAGAGGAUAUCAUCACCUCACUUCCAACACAGUCUAGUAUUCAAGAAGCAUCUAACUCACCUGAAGGGUAUAAGAAGGUAUUAUGA